GAAGCAGCACACUUGAAUCCCGCGUUACAGAAUGUUGGGAGCUUCUGCCGUAGCGACUCGCGUCGCCGCCGCAUUCGCCGUCGCCGUCAUCCUCCUCGUCUCCGUCGCCCACUGCUCCAACAACAACUCCGAGGGGCUGUGCAGCAGAACUUGCGCAGCUGAGAAUUGCAAUUCGGUUGGGAUUCGGUACGGGAAGUACUGUGGAGUAGGGUGGACCGGCUGCCCUGGAGAGAAGCCGUGUGAUGAUGUUGAUGCUUGCUGCAAGAUUCAUGAUGACUGUGUUGGUAAUACAGGUAUUAAUGAUGUAAAAUGCCAUGAGAAGUUCAAGAAAUGUAUAAAGAAAGUACAAAAAUCAGGGAAGGUUGGAUUUUCAAAGCAGUGCCCAUAUGAAACAGUCGUGCCUACUAUGGUGCAGGGUAUGGAUUUGGCCAUCAUGUUCAGCCAGUUUAGCAAUUCAAAGCUUGAACUAUGACAACGUAGUUUCCUCCAAGAUGCAGUACGGGAUUGAAACUCAUUAACUUGAACAGAUGAACUGAUCAUAUACGUACCCUUAUCAUGUACUGCUCUAAUAGACAUAUAAUUUGAUUUAUUCUUGUUCGAGGAUCUACAGCAGUGAUAUUGAGAUGUAAACAGCUGACGGCAUAUGAAAUUUUCAUAUACUAUUGACAACUUUUGGUAAGGUUAAGUAUUAUUACUGCUAUUGCUUGAAA